AAUUACGUGGAAAAAGAAAACAACUAUUUUAAAUAAGCCGGGAACGACCGUCUUUCUUCGGUCCGGCGAUAAAUUUGUUUAUUUCGAUUCGUCGGAAAAAAGGAAUCGGAGGAAUCGGAGAUGGAAGCGUUUCUGAAAGAAUUCGGAGAUUAUUACGGUUACCCAGACGGUCCCAAUCACAUCAAUCAGAUCCGCCACUCCCAAUUCAAGCGAUUACAAGAUCAAGGUGUUGUUUACUUGGAUCAUGCUGGUUCUACUUUGUAUUCUGAGUUGCAGAUGGCUGAUAUCUUUAAGGACCUUACUAGCAAUGUUUUUGGAAAUCCACAUAGUCAAAGUGAUAUCAGUUCUGCAACCAGUGACCUUAUAGCCGAUGCUCGACAUCAGGUGCUUGAAUACUUCAAUGCUUCUCCUGAAGAUUACAGUUGCAUAUUCACCUCCGGAGCCACCGCAGCGCUGAAGCUUGUCGGAGAGACAUUUCCAUGGACCCAAGACAGUAACUUUUUGUAUACCAUGGAGAAUCACAACAGUGUACUUGGUAUCAGGGAAUAUGCAUUAGCUCAAGGUGCUUCAGCAUGUGCUGUGGAUAUUGAAGAGCCUGCUAACCAACCAGGAGGCCACCUCACAAAUUCAGGACCAUCUAUCAAGGUAAAGCAUCGUGCUGUGCAGAUGAGAAACACUUCUAAACUCCAAAAGGAAGACUCAAGAGGAGAUGCCUAUAAUCUAUUUGCUUUCCCCUCAGAGUGCAACUUUUCCGGCCUCAGGUUUAAUCUAGAUCUGGUGAAUUUGAUCAAAGAAAAUACUGAAACCACGCUACGAGGUUCUCCCUUUAGCAAGUAAGUGUCACUUUAGUUUC